UUUAAGUACUGCAUAUGAACAAGAUGUCUAUGAAAUGGUUCUCACUUCUGCUGCUACUACAGCUGACUUGCUACUUUAGCUCUGGGAGCUGUGGAAGGGUGCUGGUGUGGCCAGUGGAAUUUAGUCACUGGAUGAAUAUGAAGGCAGUUCUGGAUGAACUGGUCAUGAGGGGUCAUGAGGUGACUGUUCUAAUAUCUUCAGCCUCCACUAUUACUGAUGCCAAAAAACCAUCUGCUUUUAAGUUUGAGAUUUUCCCUGUAUCUUUAACUAAAGAUGAUUUUGAGAUUGCUGUCAAGAAUUUGCUUGAGAAAUGGACAUAUAUGGCAAAAAAUUCAUUUUGGACAAAUGUUUCAUCAUUUAGAGGAUUGAGAAGCUUACUUUUUGAAUUUUCUGGAAUGCUUAUGAAGGUUUGUAAAGAAGUUGUUUUGAACAAGAAAGUUAUGACAAAACUACAGGAAUCAAGGUUUGAUGUCCUCCUUGCAGAUGCCGUUGGACCCUGUGGUGAGCUGCUAACUGAGAUACUUGGAAUACCUUUAGUGUACAGUCUCCGCUUCUCACCUGGCCAUUUGUUUGAAAAGUAUAGUGGAAAACUUCCGUUCCCACCAUCUUAUGUGCCUGUUAUAUUUUCAGCAUUAAGUGACCACAUGACAUUCAUGGAAAGGGUCAAAAAUAUGAUAUAUGUACUUUAUUUUGACUUCUGGUUCCAGACAUUUGAUGAGAAGGCAUGGGAUGAAUUUUACAGUGAAGUACUAGGAAGACCCACUACAUUUUUAGAGACAAUUGGAAAAGCUGAUAUGUGGCUCAUUCGAACCUAUUGGGAUUUUGAAUUUCCUCGCCCAGUGCUGCCAAAUUUUGAAUUUGUUGGAGGCCUCCACUGCAAACCUGCCAAACCCCUGCCUAAGGAAAUGGAAGAGUUUGUUCAGAGCUCUGGAGAAAAUGGUAUUGUGGUGUUUACUUUGGGGUCAAUGAUCAGUAACAUAACAGAAGAAAAAGUCAAUGUAAUUGCAUCAACCCUUGCCCAGAUUCCACAAAAAGUUCUAUGGAGAUAUGAUGGCAAGAAACCAGAUACCCUAGGGCCCAAUACCCGUCUGUAUAAGUGGAUCCCCCAGAACGACCUUCUUGGUCAUCCAAAAACCAAAGCCUUUAUAACUCAUGGUGGAACCAAUGGCAUUUAUGAGGCCAUCUACCAUGGGAUCCCUAUGGUGGGCCUUCCUUUGUUUGCUGAUCAACCUGAUAACAUUGAGCGAGUGAAGGCCAAGGGAGCAGCUGUCAGAGUGGACUUGGAAACAAUGUCAUCAAGAGAUUUGCUCAAUGCAUUGAAGGAAGUCAUUAACAAUCCUUCCUACAAAGAGAAGGCUGUGUGGUUGUCCACCAUUCACCAUGAUCAGCCUGUAAAGCCCCUGGACCGAGCAGUGUUCUGGAUCGAGUUUGUCAUGCGCCACAAAGGAGCCAAGCACCUGAGGCCAGCCUCCCACGACCUCACCUGGUUCCAGUACCAUUCUCUGGAUGUGAUUGGGUUUCUACUUGCCUGUGUGGCAACUGUUGUAUUUGUCAUCACAGAAUGCUUUCUCUUUUGUUACCGCAAGUUUGCUAAAAUAGGAAAGAAGCAAAAGAGGGAGUAGCUGAAGGCGUUAUGCCCCUAGGUGGCCUUCAGUUUAUUCCAGCACAAAAGAGUUAUGAUGAGCUUCCCCUGUGACAAAACAAUUCACAAUUUAGCAUCUCAGAUCAAAAUUAUUUUCAAGGGAUUUUAUACCUGUUUACAAAUAACAAAUAAGUCAUGCCAAAAAUAAAACUGGUGAAAAGUUCAGUGAGAACAAAUGUAUAUGGGUAUAUAUUGAACUUUAUUAUUUUAAUUCAAAAGCUAUACUGAAAUCACUGAAUUUAACUGUGUUUCACAAGUUAUGCAUAGCUACAAGAACAGUAAUAAGUCUAUUUAUAGUGUCCAUAUUAUUUUGUAGAUAUUCCGAAUUUUUACUCGGUUUUGGUGUAGAAUUCUAUAGCUUUAUCUUGCUAUAGAAACUAUUCAAUAAUUGGAAUUGUAUCAAAAGAUGCAUCCCUUCAUUUCAUUUGUGAGACCACUAACACUUGGUUUUUACUAUCCAUUCAGCCUCAGCAUCAUUUUUUAAUCUAAAGCCAUGGCAAGUCAUUUGCUUUCAUCCAGUUUAACUCGUUUAACAGUGGAAUAUUUGUGGAAUGAGGAAUAUAGCAACUGCUAUCUGUUUCAUGUUAUAAAAUUGAGAUAUUUCUGAAAAUCUUUGAUUUCAUGAGCAUCUCUAUUUUUCAUCAACUUUAAAAUUAGUCACCUUGUGGGGAAAUUAAAUUGGUACAACCACUAUGGAGAAUAAUAUGAAGUUUCCUUAAAAACCUAAAUUAGAGCUACCAUAUGACCCUGCAAUCUACUCCUUAGCAUGUUUCCAGAGGAAAACAUGAUCCAAAAGGAUCCAUGCACUGUCAUUGUAGCACUGUUUACAAUAGCUGAGACAUGGAAGCAAAUUAAAGGCCCAUUAAAAGAGGAAUGGAUAAAGAUUAAGGCACAUAUAUACAAUGAAAUAUUACUCAGCCACUAAAAAGAAUAAAAUAAUACCAUUUACAGCAACAUGGAUGAACCUAGAGACUGUCAUACUCAGUUAAAUAAGUCAGAGAAGAAAAAAUAUUGUAUGGCAUCUGUUAUAUGUGGAAUCUUAAAAGAAAUGUUACAAAUGAACUUGCAAAACAAAAACAUACUCACAGACUUAGAAAACGAACGUAUGAUUGUCAAGGGGACAGAUAAGGGGGAGGUAUAGCUAGGGAGUUUGGGCCUGGCAUGUACACACUGCUGUAUUAAAAUGGAUAACCAAGAACGACCUACUGUAUAGCAUAUGGAACUCUGCUUAAUGUUAUGUGGCAGCCUGGAUAGUAGGGGUAUUUGAGGGGAAAAUGAAUACAUGUGUAUGUAUGACUGAAUCCCUUCACUGGUCACCUAAAACUAUUACAACACUGUUAAUCAUUUAUACCCCAAUAUAAAGUAAAAAGUUUAAAAAGAAAAAAAAGUUACCUGGUUGCUUUCAUUACCAUAUUCAGCCCUUGAUCAGGUGUAUAAGGUCUCAGUUGCAUAUCAAAUAUAUGUAUAUAACCUGUACUCUAAAGGGACUUAUGAAAUGUUCAUUUUUUCCAAAUGUCCCUGCAUGUAUCUAUAUGUGCUAUGUUGUGCUUAGUCACUCAGUCGUGUCCAACUGUUUGCAACCCCGUGGACUGUAGUCCACCAGGCUCCUCUGUCAGUGGGGAUUCUCCUGGCAAGAAUACUGGAGUGGGUUGUCAUUCCCUCCUCCAGGGGAUCUUCCCAGCCCAGUGAUCAAACCCAGGUCUUCCACAUUGCAGGUGGAGUCUUGACUGACUAGGCCACCAGGGAAGCCUAUAUAUCUAUAUCUACAUGCAUGUCUAUCUAUCUACACACACACACACACACACACACACACAAAUAUAUAUAUGUACAUAUUCUUUCAAAACAAGACGUGGCAUCACUUAGCUACUUGCAGACAUGAUGUGAAAUUCAACAUGUUAAACACAAAUUGAAAUAAUGACUAUUAUUCUAUAUAACCACACUUUAGAUCAGCAUUUCUCAUUCUUUGAUCCCUUAUCUCAGAACAUGUAUUGCCACAUCCCUCUCAUAAGACUUAUAUAUAAACCUUCACUCUUUUUUCAUGAUGAAAAACAAUAUAGACAUCACUUUCUUUAAACAGAAAAAUAAUUGGUGGCUAUUGUAGUGAAAACUCCUACAAAUCUCCAAGAAAGAGUCAAUAACCCAACAUGAAAAUAGAUGAAGACGAGUAGGAAAUUCACAGAAGUGAAAUGGUCAGUGAUACAUAGAAUGUGAUAUAGUUCAUUCGUGCUUGAGGAAAUGAAAAUUGAGUCAAUAAAUUAUUUUCCAACAGAUGAUUUGCAGAAAAAAUAAUCUGGUAGAACCUAGAUUUGAGGGAGUAUAAUAUGGAAACAUCUUUAAAGUACAGUUAAACAUAUUGUUGAUGUCUAUCUACAUCUGGUUAUGUGUCAAGGAGAAAGACUUAUACAUGUUCUUAAUUAUAUUUUGAAUAUUCCCACUAGCACUUAAAUGGCUAUCAGUUAGUGAACACACUUACUUGCAAUAUAGGUAUGGGUUAUAUAGCCAUGAGAUAAAACUGAUAGAUUAUGGGCAACAUUGUUGAGUACUUUCCAUGUCACAUUGCAAAAUAAAGAACAAAUUCCAGAAAUUAUAAAAAAUAAGCAUGACAUUGGAAAUAAAACUAAAUGUAUGCCAA